CGCUCGGCCGCGCUCCCGGCGGCACCGCCCCGCUCGCCCGCGGCCGCGCACCGAGUCGCGCGGAGCAGAGCUGUCAGCGGCGGUCGGCGUCCUGUCACGGCGGUGCAGAGGGCGGUCGGCCAGCUGCGGGCCUCGGCGCCGUGUCGCGUUCGGCAGUGGUGCUGCGGUAGCGACCGUCAGCUGCACGUGCGGUCGGCAGCGGCCGGCAACUCGCUCUUUGUUUACAGUGGUGAGUUUUGCGCGCCGCCAGAGCGGCACGUGUCUGUGAGACCAGUGAACUGUGUCCGUCACGUGAUUCUGUGACCCGUGCGUGAGUGACAUCGAGUGGUGGUCGUUCAGAUCCUCAGUAUGGCGCUGAAGCGCUCGGAGGCGCUGGGCACGGCCGGACGGUUCGCGUUCCACGACCGCGGGGACCGGGACGACAGUGGCGCGCUGGUGACCUCGGCUAUCAAUCGGUCACUGCUGGCCGGGGCCGCGCCCGCCACCGGCAGACCCACAGCGAUGACCGGCAUCCUGGUGACCGAGAGCAGGCGGGGCCGUCGCCGCGCGCUGGCCAUCGUCUUCCGAGACGAGCCCGAGAUCAUCGGCUGCGACGGCGGGCCGGGCUCCGACGACGAGGACCCCGUGGUCGACGGCGACGACGACGAGCUGGCCGAGCCGUCGGAGGUGCUGACCGCCGAGGAGCGGGCGUUCCUCAACCUCACCAAGCGCAACACCGACUUCAACUCCAUCACCAGCAACCUAUCCGGCACGUCCCGCACGCUGCUGGACUGGGUGGACGAGAAUGACCGCACCACCGAGCGCAGCGCGCUCACCGGCCGGCACAAGAAGUUCACGCCCGUGGUGUGUGUGGCGCCGUUCUCGACAGGACGCGGCCCCGGUCCGCUCAAGAUCAACCCGGUGGCGCCCAUGCAGAACGGCGAGGUGGUGUCGACAGGACGGAUACAGGAGAUGGUGGAGAAGAGGAGUGUGAUCGAUCAGGCCACCAAGCGGGAGCAGCAGGUUACUCGGCUGGACGAUAAAGUCACCAGAUUGGAUGACAAAGUCACCAGACUGGAUGACAAAGUGGAUAAAAUUACACGACUGGACGAUAAAGAUGCGAAAAUUACACGGUUGGACGAUACAAUCGAGAAACCAGACGAGAAAGUCACCAAAGUAGAUGACAAGAUAACCAAGAUUGACGAUAAGAGUAUCGAAAAUUAUGAGAAGCUAAAAUCGUCGGAAAUUAAUGCAGCAGAUGACAAACCGGUCGCGAAUAAGUCAAAUUCUCCUCCGGCCAAAAUAAAAGCCGUAUCAGCGACGAGGACUGCGGAUGUGAAAUCGACCACCGACACCGGAAGCCAGUCGGUAUCGGAGGGCAUAAGUCAGCUGAAAGCUGGGCCCGGCUCCCGCGUCCCCGAUACGGGAAACGCGGAGCCUGCUAAGUCUGCACAGCGGUGGUCGGGUGGUGCAGACCGCAGCGGCUCUGCAGCGGUAGAAAGCGGCGGCGGCGGCGAGCAGCCGGCGCCCGCCGACCCGCCCAUGAGCAAUAUUGACCUGAUCAAGGCGAGGUUAGCGGAGAAAGCCGCCCAGAACGGCCCAUCCUCGUGGCGCCGCCCGGGGAACCAUCCCGAGCGAAAUCGGGCCCGGCUCAACUCGCUGGACGGCGUGCCCAAGAGUCCCAAGCUGCGGUCACACCGGGCCCCCGGCGAGGGAGGCUCGGCUGUGGGCGGCGCGUCCGACACGGGCCGGACCAGGUCCCCGCCGACAGCCACCGAGCCGCCGUCCGCGGCCGAGUCACGAACAGCCGCGUGUGACCGGGUUACGGAGCCACCCACCCCAGCGGCGGCCUCAAGUGACGCCCACAAAAACGGCCCCGCUGCCGAGCGGCAACACUUGUCGGACGGGGACCGUUCGACGAGCGAGACCCCCGACACGACAGGUGACGAGGAAAAACUGGCCAGCACGGGGGUGAAACUGGCACCAGCCGAUCAUAAACCUCCCAUUGUCAACGACAAACCCAAACUGGCCGCUAAGCCGGGGAAAGUAAAGCCGCUGGGGCAGCCGGCGGGCUGGGACGGCGGCGCCCGAAGGUCGAGCAGAGAGGUGGGGGUCGCUCAGCCCACUCCAGCCAGCCCCAAGGCAGCUGAGAGUCGUGCAAAAACGGACAGCGCAGAUGAGCUGAGAAGUGCCGUGGAUGCGGACAAAGAGAAGCCGACCGUGAAUCUCUCGGAACGUCCCACGGGGCCGGACAAACCGCACAGCGGAUUAGUGAAAGGUCAGAACGAGAAUGUUAUGUCACAUGACAAGGCUGCUGACGAUAGCAAUCAGGAAAGUUCCUAUUCACCUAAAAUGCCUGUGCACAAAACCGAAGUAAAAUCGAACGUUGUAGAGACAAAAACUCAGCGUGCCAUGAAGAGAGAAAAAGAGUUAGAACGGCAACGAGAAGAGCUCGAAAAGAAAAACCGCGUAGAGAAAAAGGCACCGAUUUCGAGCGACUCAGUCCGACCAGAGCCCCGUCUGCCGGAGACCCCGCAGGUCCCGGAGUCGUCUGUCACGCGCAGGGGCUCACCGCCGUCUGUCGAAGUGCCGCCUUCCUUGCGCAACUCGCACGGCAGCGGUCUGUACGCGCAGAUCCAGCAGGCCGACCAGCGGCGGGCCUCCAGGGACGCGGGGCCGCCGCCGCGACCCUCCCCUCCGUCGGAGCCUCGCUCGGAGCCGGUGCAGGCCGAGCCGGCCACCUCCCAGACGCCCUCCGUCAGCACCGAUGACGAGGAGGACGAGCUGCCGGCGCCCCCGCAGCGCACCGUCUCCGUCAGUCCGCGCUCCCGGCGGAAACGCGGCGGGGUCAGCUUCGCGCCCGGCACGGAGGACAGCCGGCCCGGCGGCGCCAAGCCCCGCUCGCAGUCAAUGCCGCGGCCCGGCGCGCUCGACCAGCGACUGGGUCGCGACGAGGGCCUCCGAGGUCGGCUGACCGGCGGUGGUGGCGUUGCGGAGGAACGUCGCUCGCGGCGGGACGAGCCACGCUCGCGCGCGCGCUUCUCGCUCAAGAAGUUCCUCAAGUUUGGCCGUGACGAGAAGCGCAAGGAGCGUGACUUGGUGUAUGGCGAGUUCCGCGCGAAGCCGGAGAUUAUCCACCCGAUCGACCGGGCCGGCGUGGGCUGUGUGCAGGUGAUCGGUCGGCCGAGCGAGCAGCGGCGCCGCGAGCAGGCCGAGUACCGCCAGCGGCGCGAGCGGCCCUCCCAGGACACCGCAACGACCCAGGACACCUCGCCGACGACGGUAAAUCCUCCGUCGACUCCGCCGCGACUCCCGGAGCGUCAGAGUCACCCAGCUCACCCGACUCACCCGACUCACCCGACUCACCACGGUCAGCACAGCCACGGAGGACACCGUGCAUCCACCGGCCUCACCCCGGAAGGUCGCCCGAAGCCGCCGCCCCCGCCGCCGCCAUCGUGUCGCCAAUCGGGCGACCCGAUGACUCCGCCCACCCGACCGCCGCCGCCCAAUCCGCACCUGUUCAGCCGGUCACGUGACGGCUGGGCUCGGGCGCCUGACAGCGACUACGCCAAUCUGGGCGUCAGCAGGGCGGGCCUGACGCCGAAAAAGCCGGGUCGGGGGUCGCGCAGCCGGGAGCGGUCGGAGGGCUCCGCCUCUGCCGACCACCAGCCGCCGGCGCUGCAGGCGGACCAGGUCGGCCUGCGUCGUCAGCAGCCGUGCCGCCUCAGUCUGCGGGAGGCCCCCGCCUGCGGACCGCCUGCCAGCCUGCUGGACAGCUAUGACGCCGUCACGGCCGCCAACAGGGAGGCGCUGCAGCAGCUCUGUGAAAAGAUGUCGGGCGCAGUGCCGGCGCCGCUGCUGCCGCUGCAGGCAGCGCCACUGUCGCUGCGCGAUUUCCAGGUGUCGCCCCAGUCGCAGCUGCCGCUCGGUCGGCACCUGUUUGUGGAGGCGGUGUGCGGCGGCGAGCCGGUGGCGCUGUGUCUGACCGAGGGCCCGAUGGCGGCCGCGCCGCUCUCAGUGCCGUCCGUGACCGACUUCACUGACACGGUGCCGGCCCGACUGCUGGCUGACCCUCACGGGCCGGACGGGUCACAGCGCAUAGGCACCGUCCACGUGAUCCCCGCCGCGCGGGUGCGUCCACUGUCGGCGCUGCUGGACGCCCAGCCGGCCGAGGCGCCGCACUCCGCCACCCUGCUGCUGCUGCAGACGGUGCGCCAGCUGCAGCUGCUGCCGGCCGUGGACGAGCAGCUGUCGCAGCUGGUGGCGCUGACGGUGGACCGGCUGCAGCCGCCGCGGCUAGCAGCCGUGCUGUCUGCGCCGCCGCCGCCGCCCGGGGCCGGCCUGUCGCCCUGUGUGGCCGCUCUCUCGGUGCUGCUGCGGCUGCUGGGUGUGCCGGCGGCCGUGCAGCGGGCCAGGGAUGGCCGCGGCGUCAGCAGUGUGCCAGACGGUCCCCAGGUGACCGAGCACGAGCUGCUGGCCAGCCUGCUGCAGCGGGACGAUGACGCCUCGCUGCGCCGCGCCGCGGCCGUGCUCGGCUGCCUGCUGUGGGCGCCGGCCGGCCUGGCGCCCGCCGAGGCGCCCCGCUGGCUGCACCGGCAGCGCGCUGAGCUGCUGGGCGCCGCCGUCCGCUGGGACCAGCCGCCGGCCGUCGACCAGCUGCUGCGACUCUGCUUCCUGGCAGAGACGGACCCGGAGACAGUGACCGAUGCCCUGGAGCUUAUCAACAUCUGACGUGGAUUAUAGAACACGGUGGCUGUUUUACGCGUUCGAGAUCUGAUGGGGCUACAGAUGGCCUAAUGCGACAGGAGACAGUCUUAUCGUCGACUCGUAGUGAUCGCGUUAGAGGUACGGAGCACCGAUGUGUCCCGGUCUCCUCGGCGCUCAGGGCCCGGUGAGGGCUCCACUGUGUUUGUUAUAGAUGACACCGUGUCCGCACUCCCGAGCGCUGUCAGUCGCCUGUGGUGUGGUCCGACGCCAUCUGUGUGAUAUGCUGGUCCAAUGCACUGUCCUUCGUGUUCUCAGCAGAUGUCGCGAGAGCUUUCACAGGCGGCAUCUGAGUCGGACUCUGGAGCGCUUGGCUGUUCUGAUGGGACUAUUAGAGAGGACCAAACUGCUUACCGGUGUGAGCAGCGCUUUCUGACGUAUUUACGUUUAUAUAUGCAGAUCGUGCCUUAUUUUGUACCUAAUAUUUGUGGAAACAUGGGUUGUAUGUAGUAUGAGAAGCAUGUUGUGACGCUGAAUCAGUUAUUUGAAUACAUAUGAGGUUGGGCUGCAGUACCUAUACAA